AUGAAAUUGGUACGGUUUUUGAUGAACAUACCCAACUCCACAAACCAACCUGUUACGGUUGAAUUGAAGAAUGGAAAUAUUAUAAAUGGGACGCUUUUGUCGUGCACACCACUGAUGAAUCUAAAUUUAAAGAAUGUCAAGCUACAACAAAAGUACCAAGAUCCAAUCUUGUUACAGUACAUCAAUGUAAGAGGAAACCAGAUAAGACAGAUUUUGCUACCUGAGGAUUUGAAUAUCGACAGUGUGUUGGAGAAAGCACAAACAAAGAUAAAGGGUCAUGGGGCUGGUCCAAGUGCAAAACCCGUCAAACGAGGCGGGUUGAGAGGUAGAGGUAGAGGAAGAGGCAGGGGGCGUUAG